UAGCACCACCCUAUCAUAUCCAUCCAUCGAAUGGGGUCUAUUAGAAACAAACUUUAAGCCGCUACUAUAUCUGGUACUGAAUGGAACGAAGGGGUGGUGAGUCCUCGUUAUUUGGUUCCCCUUGGAAAUGGAUUCCUCGCGGAGGAAUUGGAAUUUUAUCUGUUGAUCACGGAGAAUGAAGGCGUUAUUAGGUGUUUGUCGGAAUUCUUCUCGGCCUUCGUCUUUUGGGACGGAUGGUAGCGUCCGCUUCGAUCCCUUGGCCUCCAAUCCAUCUCCAUCUCCACCCAAUCCUUUCGCUCUCCCAAUCCCGUAGUCCGGCAUAUGAUCUUACUCAGUUAAUCAGUCCGUUUUACUAUAAGGGUUAUGGUUCUCUUACAAAGAUCCAACGGAUUGAAUGGAACAAUCGGGGUAUGUCUAGCACACAUGCCAUUUUUAUCACGAUAAUGUCGUUAUACUUAGUGUUCUACUCAGAUCUGUUCUCUGAUCAUCUUGAGGGACUAGUUACAUUUCGGAGUUCAAAUCUGUCCACUUUUACAUUGGGGGUUUCCGUUGGGUAUUUCAUCACUGACCUUGCGAUGAUAUUUUGGCUAUAUCCUUCUCUUGGUGGAGUGGAAUAUAUUCUCCAUCAUUUGCUUUCUGUAAGCGCAUUAGCUUAUGCCAUGUUGUCUGGGGAAGGGCAGCUAUACACAUAUAUGGUCCUCAUCUCUGAGACAACCACUCCAGGGAUAAAUUUGCGAUGGUUUCUUGACACUGCAGGAAUGAAAAGGUCCAGUGCUUAUCUUGUUAAUGGCAUUAUGAUGUUCGUUGCAUGGCUGGUGGCAAGAAUAUUAUUGUUCAUCUACUUAUUUUACCACAUUUAUCUGCACUACGAUCAGGUCAAGCAGAUGCAUACCUUUGGUUACCUCCUGACAUUUUUGGUGCCCACAGCACUUUUUGUCAUGAACAUGAUGUGGUUUGCAAAGAUUCUAAGAGGCCUCAGGAAAACCUUGGCCAAGCGGCAGUGAAUGGUGAACACAGUUUUCUCAAUAUGCCAUCAUCGUGAUCAUCAUCAUCUGUAUUUUGGUGCAUCCUUUCAGCUUUUCUGUAUAAAAUCAUGGAUGAAUUAGGUGAGGGAUAAAAGAAAAGAAGCUGACUGGCAACGGAAUUUUGGGUUAGAGUGGGUAUAUCAUUCUCAUUUUGAGUUUCAUUAUUGUAUAUGAAUAUGAUGCCAUACUUUCGUCAUGUUCUGCUAUUUGAUGCAUCUUUUAGGCUGCAUUUCAUCUCGUUUGUGUUUGUCUUUCUGUCCCUGCUUGGAGAUGAUGCCUGGGUUUUUCACCUUGGAUAUCCAAAGAUUCAUGCCAUUAAAAAUCAUCCAUGAUCUUCCCUGUUGUAUUUGUUGAUAAUGAAAUGCAUUGUUAUCUUCCAUAUGAUACACACUGACCAAAAAUAAUAAUCCAGUUCUGGCCAUGCAAUUUUCAUUUUGCCAA